AUGGCACCGAAGAAGCCUGCUGCGACGGCUGAAGUGGCCCUCGUGCCCCUCAAGAAUUGUCUCGUCAACCUGCCGCCAUCGCUGGUUUCUUUGCUGGUCAAUGCCAAUACGCCUGCUCAAAAUGUUAUCAUUGAGUUACAGUACAAAUCAACUUCUGCAAAGGUCAAUGGAGCUCCUCCGCAGCAGUCAUGCUUCCUCGGGUGGACGGGUAUGCCGAGCAAGCGCAGGCUUGCGCCGGUCGUUGGAAGGGACGGGAUCAACAGUGGCGCAUCCAGAGAACAAGAAGUAUCUACUGUCGAGCUUGACACUACUUUUGGGCGGCUUCUGGGUCUCGCAGACGGCCAAAAGGUCGGACUGUUCAUUCAUCUCGACCCACCCGUUGCGCACACGAUCAACAUUGAGCCGUUGACACCAGAAGACUGGGAGAUCAUCGAACUACACGCCACAUUCUUGGAACUCAAUCUGCUGUCACAAAUUCGCGCUUUUCCCAACCCCACAUAUACUGCAGCACAAACUGAUCAUAUGCAUCCACUCGCAUUGCAUCUUUCUCCCACGUCCACCGCCAAUAUUGUAGUCACUUCUCUCACACCCGCACCCUCGGAGACGUCUCCAUUUGCCAAGAUUGCUCCGGACGCAGAGGUUAUAGUGGCCCCGAAAGUGCGAUCCAAGACAAACAAGACCUCGCGCGGUGACACUCGGAGUGCCUCUGGAAAUAGCCGGAAGAGUGCCGGAGGAAGAAGCGGCUCAAGCACAGUCCGUGCGAAGAGUGGCAGAUCGGACUCCAGUACCCGAGGUUCUCUGUACCUGAGAGGUGUUGACCGCUCAGCGACCACUCCGCACUUUGAUGCAGAAAUAGAGGAUGAUGCAAACGAAGGCUUUCGCGUGUGGGUCGAUCCCGACCUGCUGGCAAGCCAUGAACUCCGCGGAGCAACCUGGGCAUGUGUCUCAGUUGUUCAGCCAUCUGGUCUCAAACCCCCACCAGAUCCCCAACAGCAACUUGCCCAAGCUGAACAGCAAAAGGCCAGUGAUGCUGGUUCUCCUUCUUCCAAACUUGUUGCAAAAUUACUUCCUUGGGAAGAAGCCCCGGACAACCGGCAUGCGGCGAUGUCCACCUUAUUGUGCACGGCCCUUGGCGCGGAAAACAUGGUGGGUGGAAUCGUUCGAAUUGAGGCAGCACCCCCACAGCUGCAUCGAUCGGCGGUUAAAACCCUUAAGGUCUAUCCCUUCAUCGGGGAUGCUUCGAAAAAGAAAGAUGGGCUGAAAUUCGGCUCUGAUACUGCUGCAUCUCGGGAUGCCUUGGCAGAGCGUCUGAAGGUCAUCUACGGCAGCACAGGUUCUGACGUCGGAUUGUUCUCCGGGCCUUUGACUGAUGGUAUGGUUUUACCGAAAGCGGAAUACCAUCCCUCAGUCUCUUCAUUCGAUGGCGCUAUUAUCAGAUUUGAUCCCCCGCUGAAAGGGGCACCCGAAGAAACAAAGUCUAUGUUUGGUUGGCUGCUAGGCUCAGAAGCCAAGUUGAACCUCGAGGUCCAGGCCGAAGUAACCAAACCAUUAGACACAAGUUUGUCUGUAUUGCCCUUGGAAGACCCUCUUCCAGAGGUUACCCCUCAGCUGGUAGGGAUUGAUUCUAUUAUUGAGCAAUCAUUGAACAAUCUUACGAAGUCUUCAUCGAUUUUGCUCACCGGUGGUCUUGGUGCUGGAAAGACAGCUCUUUCCCAGCUCUUGGCCCAUCGCAUGAGGCGGGAUCAUCUCUCAAAUGUGAAGUAUUUCUCUUGCCGCAAGCUUGUCACAGAUGAGACUCGAAUCUCCAAUAUCAAAGAAACUUUGAAUCGGCUGUUCAUGUCCGCGGCGUGGUGCGCGCGCCUUGGUGGCCAAUCGGUCGUGAUCCUUGACGAUCUAGACAAACUUUGUCCAAUGGAGACCGAGCUGCAAGUGGGUGGUGACAAUGGCCGCAGUCGGCAAAACAGUGAGGUCAUCUGCUCCAUGGUAAGAGAAUUCUGCGCCUUGAACUCAUCUGUGGUGUUGCUGGCCACUGCUCAGGCCAAGGAGUCUCUCAAUAACGUUAUCAUUGGUGGUCAUGUUGUUCGGGAGAUCAUUAGCAUAAGAGCACCCGAUAAGGAAGGGCGCCGCAAAGUUUUGGAAAAGCUUACGAGUCAAGAUAAACCCAUCGAGGGUCUCAAUGGACAUGCCAGGGCGGAAAGUACUUCGACGCAGGAUUCUUGGCUAGAUCCCUCGAACCCUGGGAGCCGCCCUAGCUCUUCUGGAGGCGAUGGCUUUGUCAUCGGAAGAGACGUGGAGUAUUUGGAGCUGGCCGGUAAAACUGACGGGUACAUGCCCGGAGAUCUCGUUUUGCUUGUUGCUCGUGCGCGCAACGAAGCCCUUAUCCGUUCUGUAUCGGACUUGAAUUCGACAUCAAAGAUGAUCACUCUCGGGCUAGAGGACUUCGAAAGCGCCUUGAAGGACUUUACUCCGGCAUCCCUUCGCAAUGUGACCUUAACAUCCUCUACCACCACCUUCUCCUCUGUCGGUGGUCUCUUUGAGACUCGCAAGAUGCUUCUCGAAACCUUGCAGUAUCCUACUAAAUAUGCCCCGAUCUUCGCACAGUGUCCGUUGCGGCUGCGGUCUGGUUUGCUUCUCUAUGGAUUCCCUGGUUGUGGUAAGACUAUGCUUGCUAGUGCAGUUGCUGGCGAGUGUGGUUUGAACUUCAUCAGUGUUAAGGGUCCUGAGAUUUUGAACAAGUACAUUGGAGCCAGUGAGAAAAGUGUUCGCGAUCUGUUUGAAAGAGCCCAAGCUGCCCGACCUUGUGUUCUCUUCUUCGAUGAGUUUGACAGUAUUGCACCUAAGCGUGGUCAUGACUCUACAGGUGUCACGGACCGUGUCGUCAAUCAACUGUUGACACAAAUGGACGGUGCAGAAGGCCUGUCAGGUGUCUAUGUGUUGGCAGCAACCUCGCGUCCUGAUUUGAUCGACCCUGCCCUUCUGCGCCCCGGUCGUCUGGACAAGUCACUUCUUUGUGACAUGCCAAACCAUGAAGAUCGUGCUGAUAUCAUUCGCUCGGUUAGCGACAAGCUGAAGAUGAGUGACGAGGUGGCCUCGCGACUAGAUGAAAUUGCUGCCCAGACUGAAGGAUUCUCUGGUGCAGACUUACAGGCUGUCGUCUAUAACGCGCAUCUGGAAGCAGUCCACGAUGCUUUGGGUGAUCGUACUGCUGAUACAGCCAAGGCUGGCGCCAAAUCCACGACUAACAAGAGCUCCGCCAACACCUCCUCCAAAUCUUUCAUCCAAUUCCUGUAUUCUUCAUCCGAGGAAGCAUCUGGAUCAGUCUCCAUGCCACCUCCGGCAGUAAUCUCGGCAAAACUGGAAGCAAUCAAGAACUCCCGACGCCGCCAGCGCCAGCUCGAGCAAGGAUCUACGGGUUCUAAUGUCGCUGGCCCGGUGGCCAAUGGCACUGAACCAGCCGAAGAUGAGCUGCGUGAGGACAUCAUUGUCCGCUGGGAGCAUGUCGAGCGCUCCUUGAAUACCACUCGCUCGUCUCUCAGUGCGCCAGAGCGCAGACGUCUCCAGGGUAUCUACCGAGAGUUUAUCGCUGGUCGCAAUGGUGAGAUGCCUAAUGGCGAGGCAGCCAACGAGAUUGGGGGUCGAACUAGUCUGAUGUGA